UUUGGUUUGUCCCAGAUGUGAGAAAGACACAAGCUACGCACCUUUUUUGGGGCAAAAAUAAAAACCCGAAAAGAACUAGCCUGCUCUGUUCUGACUUCUUACCUCCCAGCGUGGUAAUAUCCGCAUGAGGACAAGAUGAGGAGCCCUACUCUGCUGUUGAUCACAGGACUGAUUGUCAUGACAACUUUCUCCCAGUUUCUGUCCGCAUCAGACAGUUGCUAUGAGGAGGUAGCUCGUCUGCGGAAAAUGGAGAGCCAUCUGAAGGGACAGCUUCAGAAACAAGAGUUCCUCCUACGCACAUUACUGAACCAGCCUGAGAGCAUGAAAAAAACUAAAGUGGAACAGAACCAGGAUACACAGCAUACAGACUGCUCAAACAUUUUCAGUUCAGGCUCAAAAUCCAGUGGUGUCUACAAAAUCAAACUCAAUGGCAACCCCCCUCCGGUCAAAGUCUACUGUGAUAUGUCUGAUGGAGGUGGUUGGACGAUUGUACAGAGACGGAUUAAUGGAACAGAGAAAUUUAACAGGUCAUGGGCAGAGUACAAGAAUGGAUUUGGAGAGCUAAGUGGAGAAUUUUGGCUCGGGAAUGACAAUUUGCAUUACAUCACAUCACAAGGGAAUUAUUCUCUUAGGAUCUACUUAGAAGACUUUGAAGGCAACCAGCGCUACGCAGAAUACAAGAACUUUAAAGUAACAAACGAAAAGGAUCACUACAGACUUAGCUUUGGAGCUUAUGUCGGGACAGCAGGAGAUGCUUUGUCUGGAGGCCAUCAAGUUGGGGUUUCAGAGUGGGCCAGUCACCAGGGCAUGAGAUUCAGCACCUACGACCAAGAUAAUGACAUCUACAGAGGAAACUGUGCCCAAGAAGACAAAGGUGGCUGGUGGUUCAACAAUUCUUCAACAGACGAUGGUGUAGUUUGGUACACUUGGAGAGGCUGGUGGUAUUCGCUGAAGACCACAAUCAUGAAGCUGAGACCUAUCACC